UUGGCGUCGUCGGGCUGCUGCUGCUGUCCCUGCAUGCGGAGCGUUAGCGGCCCGAAAGCCGCGGCUGGCUGCUGCGUGACUUUUUCCCAGCCAGGACCCGGCGCUGUUUGAAGGCGCGCUCUCCACUCGCACUGCUUGCUAGGCCCACCAUGAGGCGCCUGGGCUCCGUGCAGCGAAAAAUGCCAUGUGUGUUUGUGACGGAGGUGAAAGAAGAGCCGUCCGCCAAGAGGGAGCAGCAGCCAUUUAAAGUUUUGGCAACUGAAACUAUAAGUCACAAGGCAUUAGAUGCAGAUAUAUGCAGUGCAAUUCCAACAGAAAAAGUGGAUGGAACAUGUUGUUAUGUUACUACCUAUAAAGAUCAGCCAUACCUUUGGGCUCGACUAGAUAGAAAACCCAACAAACAGGCUGAUAAAAGAUUUAAAAAUUUUCUACAUUCAAAAGAAAACUCAAAAGAAUUUUUUUGGAAUGUUGAGGAGGACUUCAGACCUGUUCCAGAGUCCUGGAUACCAGCAAAGGAAAUAGAACAAUUAAAUGGGAAUCCAGUACCUGAUGAAAAUGGACACAUUCCUGGUUGGGUACCAGUAGAGAAAAACAACAAACAGUACUGCUGGCAUUCCUCUGUAGUUAAUUAUGAAUUUGAAAUUGCCCUGGUACUAAAGCAUCAUCCUGAUGAUCCUGGACUUUUGGAAAUUAGUGCAGUGCCACUAUCAGAUCUCUUAGAACAAACACUGGAGCUUAUAGGAACAAAUAUCAAUGGAAACCCCUAUGGGUUAGGAAGCAAGAAGCAUCCCGUACAUCUUCUUAUACCACAUGGAGCAUUUCAAAUAAGAAAUCUGCCUUCAUUGAAGCACAAUGAUCUGUUAUCCUGGUUUGAAGGUUGCAGAGAGGGUAAAAUUGAAGGAAUAGUGUGGCAUUGCAGUGAUGGCUGUUUAAUUAAGGUGUUGGAAGUACAGAGUCAACAAAAUAAUGUCUCUGCCUUCACGAAGCUCACAUUAUAAUGGGGAAGAUAGACAAUAAACAAGUAAAUAUGUAAUACGUCAGAAGAACAACUAUGGUGGAGGGAAAAAAAAAAACAGGGUAAUAUAAGGUAGAGCCUUACAUAGUGCCUGGCAGAUAGUAGGCACUCAAAAUUAAGUAUUUCUAAGUGGAUGAAGAUAAUAUCUGUAGGCUAAAGCUAAUACCCUUUUUCUCUUUCCAGGUCCAUCGCCAUCAUCUUGGUUUAUGCUGGCCAAUUCCAGAUACUUAUAUGAAUUCAAAACCAGUUAUUAUCAACAUGAACCUGAACAAAUAU